GUUUAUUAUGAUGAUGAUGAUGAUUUGGCCAAUUUUUUUUCUGGUAACACACAUUCAAUCAUUUUAUGCUGGAUGAUAAUGAUAUGAGAAAAGAUGGCUGAACCACGAAAUCAAAAUCAAAUUCAAACAUCAUCAUCAUCAUCAUCAAUGAUUGGUGGCAAAAGAAUCGUGAAAAUUUCCAUAAUUUUAAUAUCAAUUUCAAUUCUAUUGAAUGUUUAUCAAAAAUGGAAUAAAUUUUCCAUGAAUAUUGAUAAACAAUUGGAAAUGUUUCAAAAUUCCAUACAAAAUUUGGAUAGAAAAUUUCAAUCAUUCGAACAAAUGUUGAAACAUGAACAUUGCGAUACAAUCGAUAAAUCGAAUAACAAUCGAAUGGAUGAUGAUGAUGAACAAAAAAUUCGACAAAUGUUCUCCAUAAAAGAAAUGAUCAAUGAAGCUCAAUUGGAACAAACAAAACCAUAUGUAUGGUUUGCGUCGAAUGAAACCAAAAUACCAUUGAUGACAUUGGUUGCGAAACAUAUUCUACAGAAACAAAAUUUUCCAUCAUGUCAACAUGAAAACAUUCCACAUGAAUUUGAUUCAUAUAGAAAUUGUUUUCGUUCAUUAUCAAUUGAAUUUCAUAAUCGUAUAUCGUUAUUAUUCGAUCAACAUCAUUGGUUCACAUUGGUUGGCCGUAUACAAUAUGCAUUCAUGAUAACGACAAUACAAUCACGUAGAAAUGAAUAUCUAUUCCAAAUUGGUAAUAUUUAUUUUCAAAUUAUUGAAUAUGAUCAUUUAUUAACAAUGCCAUUUGAUGAAAUAUCGGAUGAUGUUGAUGUAUCCAAUACAACCAUGAUUAAUGAUAAUAAUGAUGGUGAGCAA